AAAGAUUGGAGAGAUGAUGGGAUAGUGAGCCCAGUGAAAAAUCAAGGACACUGUGGAUCUUGUUGGACUUUCAGCACGACCGGAGCACUGGAAGCAGCCCACACGCAGGCGACAGGAAAGAGUGUAUCCCUGUCGGAGCAGCAGCUGGUUGACUGUGCCAACGCUUUCAAUAACUUUGGGUGCAACGGAGGAUUGCCCUCUCAAGCUUUCGAGUACAUCAAGUACAACGGUGGUCUGGACACCGAGGAAUCAUACCCUUAUCGAGGAGUUAAUGGCGUAUGUCAAUACAAACCAGAGAAAGUUGGGGUGAAGGUUUUAGACUCCGUCAAUAUUACACUGGGUGCUGAGGAUGAACUGAAGCACGCGGUGGGAGUCGUUCGUCCAGUCAGUGUUGCUUUCGAGGUGGUGAACGGUUUCAGGCUGUACAAGGGAGGAGUCUACACCAGUGACACUUGUGGCAAGACUCCCAUGGAUGUAAACCAUGCUGUUCUAGCUGUGGGUUAUGGAGUGGAGAAUGGCGUUCCGUAUUGGCUGAUUAAGAACUCAUGGGGCGAAGACUGGGGUGUGGAUGGUUACUUCAAGAUGGAAAUGGGGAAGAACAUGUGUGGUGUGUCAACUUGUGCUUCCUACCCUAUCGUUGCUGCGUAGUGACAUCCGUGCCAGAGGUGGCCUCUCCAGUGUAGACCAUGUAUAAGGAGGCCAUCCAUCUCCAGUAUAUUAGACUGCUUCUAGUGUAUAACAUAUUGGACUGGGCUCGGGCAAUGUUUGGUGUCAAUAGGAUUUCGACUCUUAGGAGAAUGGAUGACAAGGAGGCCAUCCAUCACAUCCAUCUCCAGUAUAUUAUGCAUGUAUACACAGAUUAUGCAUGAUAAGGAGGCCAUCCAUCUCAUCCAUCUCAUCUCCGGUAUGUUAUGUAUGACUCAAAUUUUACAGUGUUAUAAACAUCAUUAGCAUUUGUACAACCAGUCCAUCAUUAUCUUUGGUUAAUUA